GGAUUCUGCUCUCUGGAGUACAACCCCCACUUCCCCUCUACGUCUCGGGUAUCCGGCAAUCUGCAACUUCUCCAACUCGACAGUUUAGUAUCGCUUAAAUUGACAGCUAUAAAUAUCGGUAGACUUCCAGAGUUAACCAACUAAUCUCGAUAACACCCUGUAUAACCACCAGACAGCAGAACACCUUCCAAUGGAAACAACCCAGAAACCAUACCCAAAGGCCAUCGGCCACAGAGGCUACCUAGAAGGCGCAACUCUCUCUUCCAAAGCCACCGGAAAGCCUCUCUGCAAUUUCUUCGGCGGAGUUCGCUACGGUAUCGCGCCCCCAGAGCGAUGGCGCAGGUCCCAGAAACUGCCUGCGGGAUAUCAAUACGGGACUAGAGAGGCGCCGUUUAAAUGUCCCGGCAGCACUGGGAACUGCCCGCAGCCUACAUUCCGGAACGCGACGCCACUGCCCUGGGAUGAGGAUUGCUUUCAGUGUAAUAUUUGGGUGCCCCUAGGGACGCCUCCGAAGGAUGGAUGGCCUGUAUUCUUCUUCAUGCACGGCGGUUGGCUGCAGUUCGGCUCGCCGAAUAUGUUCUCCCCUGCGGCUCUUCUUGGGGAGACGGAUUUCAACGCUAUUGUUGUUAUGCCGGCAUAUCGCUUGAACGUCUUUGGCUUUCUGUACUCUUCUGAGUUGGAAAGUGACGCUGCAUCUGUUGGUGAAACUGUUGGAAACCACGGCUUCUGGGACCAGCGGUUGGCACUGGAAUGGACAAGGGACAAUAUCGGCCUUUUCAACGGCAAUCCGUCUGAGAUUACAAUCGGGGGAUAUUCCGCAGGCGCACACUCCGUCUGCUAUCAACUAGCCUACGACCUCGACCUCCCCCAGCCUUCGUCAAUAAUUAAGCGCGCCUGCAUCUGGUCCAACUCAUUUACAAUCCAGCCCAAAUCCCCCUCUACAGCACAGACCCAAUUCAACGAGCUUGCUUCAGCUCUACACAUCCCCGCCUCUCUCCCCGCAUCCCAGAAACUAUCCACCCUCCGCUCAACCCCAGCAUCCACCCUCCUCAACACAAUAGCAAGUCUAAACUUUCACGAAUUCCGCCCAACAACAGACAAAGCCUUCAUCAGCACCUCCCUCUUCCAAUCCCUCACAAACGGCACCCUCGCACACAAACUCCGCCAGCGCGGAAUCCGCCUCUUACUCGGCGAAUGCGCAGACGAGCACUUCCUCUACGGCGCAUGGCGUCCGCCAAAGCAGAAUACACCCGACUCCGUCCGGACUCGCCUUGCCGCUGAUUACCCGCAGCCUGGCGCCGUUGAUACCCUUAUGAAGAGGUAUUUCCCGGGUGAUAAGUUGCCACGAGGGUAUAAGGACUGGUCUGAUGCGUUUGGGCGGGUUUAUGCGGAUAUGCAGGUGCAUAAGAUGCAGCGAGGGCUGAUAUAUGAACUUACCAAGGGCUCCAGCUCUGCUUUUGGUGCUAGCGAUAGCAUGGACAACAUGAUCUAUCGCUACAGAAUCGAGUACCGGCUGAAAUGCGCGGAGAAGUUGAUACCCGUUGAAUGGGGCGUGACGCACGCGACGGACCAGUUUAUCUGGUUCUGGGGGAAUGGGCAGGUUGUCGGGGAGGAUGAGAAGGGGGUUAUUCGGCGGGCUUUUAUAGAACCGUUUACGAGGUUUGUGCAUGGGGUUGGGGUUUUGGGGUGGGGGACUAAGAGUUUUAAGGAGGUGAGGACGUUAAAGGCGGAUGGGGCUGUUGAGAUUCAGGAGGAUGGGAUGUGGGAUGGGGCUGUUGAGCUUUGGAGGGAUUUGGUGCAUGGUAGAGAACCAGCUUCGGCGAAACUGUAGAUGACGAUUCAGGAAUGAAGAUUGUAUACAUAGGAGAGACAUGAACAGAUACUGGGAUCUGAAAAAGGGUCUUCACCUAACGAGAGGAAAUAGUAUUUGGAUUGGAAAACAGUGAAAUCCAAAUAUACUAGAAAUAUAACAGAG